AACCAAGAUCAGCAAAUGCUUUUACCAUGGCACUGGUACCAAGAUCAAUAUCGACAGUAUCAUCGUCGAAACGCCCUCGACAAGCCAUAGCGUGCGAGUGGUGUCGUUCACACAAGCUCAAAUGUGACACGCAGCACCCGGCUUGCCGGAACUGUCAACUGCGAGGCGUCACCUGUGUCACCACGAACCUCCGCAGACUUGGUGCCGAAGCACGCCGGAUUGAGCCUCUGGGACGCCGUGGGAGCAGACAGAGUAGAAGACAAAAUUCUAUUCCUCAGCCAUUGUCUUUCACGGAAUCACCGCAAUCCAGGCAGCCGUAUCCGUCGUCACAAGUCAGGCCGUCAGCAGAGUUGGAAGCAGAUCGUGGACCUUUGCCGCCUAUCUUCGCCUUACCAUUUGAUCAAACCAUUCCGCAAAAUGAUCCCGAUGUCACAUUGCCAGUACACCUCAGUCCGCGGAGUGGAACACCAGGCUCUACAGAACUUUCCGCUCGGACAAACAGGGCAUCAAGUCGAUCGUCUUUUCAACCAUCAACAACAGCUUCGAACCUGACCCUGGUGACAGAUCGGAGCUACUCAAGACGUCAAGUCAUCGGUAGUGGAAGUAGCCAAUAUGUUCUAGUCCAAUGGCUAGACAUGUUCUUCGCCAACCAUGAUACUUGGGCUCCAAUCUUUCCGUAUUUCCAACAGGGGCUCGCAUAUUCUCUUGAGAUGCCACUGCCGUUCCCAAUGUCGUUACCACAACUGCCCCCACAGGAGACGAUGCAAACAUACAUCUCAACAUACUUUACCCGCAUCCAUCCGAUCUUUCCCGUGUUAGACGAAGACUCAUUUCGCACCUCACAAUAUCGGCUUCGAGAGAAGCUGGAGCAAAAUCCGCCGACUCUUGGAUCUCAAGACUACCCUGCGCUGGCUUGCGCAUAUGCUGUCUUCAGCGCCGGGGCGGAUGAAGCUGACGGCCUCAUGACUCAAGCUGGGACACAGUUCCUAGAAGGCGCAUACUUCCUAUACGCUCAUCUUGUCGCCAUCCCAUAUUUCACUUCUGUCCAAGCUCUGUUGUUGCUCACCAUGAUCCUACGAAAUCGCAACAAAGACGGUGCCAGCUGGGGAACUUUAGGCCAAGCAAUUCGGAUCGCUCAAUCCAUCGGACUGCACAGGCAUGUUCAAACUCCAGCCUCACCAUCAUCAAUCAGUGGCGGAACAGCGUCCCAUAGCUCCCAAGUAGAGGAUCUCCACUCUCGCAUCUGGUGGGCAGCAUACAUUCUGGAGCGUACGAUGGAACUGGAGACCGGACGACCAUCCGCGAUUCGUGACGAUGAAUGUGAUCAGAUCUUGCCAAACCCCAUCACUAGUGGUAACUGUGACUUCGAUUACUUUGGUGCUUCUAUCCGCCUCUCCAGGAUACAGACUAGAGCAAUCAAUCUUCUUUAUGGCGGGAAUAAACAUCAGCGCAAGAAUACCAAGGAACUCUUGAUAGAAAUGGGUCGGAUUGAUCGAGCGUUGGUAGAUUGGGCAGAUGACUUUCCUCGUUCUAUUCGUCCUGGCCACGAUCUACAUUGCGGUGCCGAAGAACUUCAUUUAGCCACGUACCUCACUCUUCAUUACCACCAAACCAUGAUAGCUCUGCACCGGCCUGCACUCAUGUCAGCCCUUGGAUUCCUUCGCAGCCGAAUCAAUGAGUAUUGUGCCGGAACUCCGUGGAAAGACAGGUUGCAUUUUAGUCUUUGUAUCGGAGCUGCCUCUGCUCGGGCAAUAAUGAAGGCACUGAACGACUUAUGGAUGUAUGCAAACCCGUCAAGGAUCAUCACCGUCAACCAAACUCUGCUUGCUAUCUUAGUUUUGGGAAUAUAUGCGACUAAGAUUCCGAUGAGCAAAAUGAAUAGUUCCGAUCUUGCGUUACUCGUCACUUUCGCCGAGCAAGCCGAGAAAGACUUUAUAAGCAUGGGACAGGAUGCUGAGUUCUCAAGAGGUCUUGCCAUCCUUCGGGAUCAGCUCUCAGAGCACAUAUCUUCAGCCGGUCAAUUCUCUGCCAUUGCCAGUUGCAACAAUGGUCUAGAUAUCUCAAUGGGCGCAACUUCGGCCGAAAUCGACCUGGACGCAUAUAUGACCAGCCUGGAUGAAUCCUGGCCUCUCCUCUGGACUGAGGAUUUCAGUACUUUCCUCGCUAACGAUAGCGAGCAGGACAUGCUAAAUAUGUACCUACUUGGGCUUCCACGUCAAGAGAAGUGAAGAACAUGGGCUUUUGUCACGGUCCCACGAUGGCGGUGGUUCCCAUGGAGGCCAGAGGUUGGAGUUGGAGCAACGCAGUAACAGCGCACCGACGACCGAUUCGACUAUCUCCCUCUAUCGACCCACUGACUCAGCACGUAUGGCAACAGACCUGGCCAACGGCGGGCAAGUGGGGGAGCACAACGGCGAAUGAGUUCCCUAUACUCUCCCAGCGGUAUAAACGAGGUCGAAAACAGGGGGUCAAUACCGCCGAAAGACGAGGGCCGGUCGAAAAUAUCCUCUCUGUCGCCGUCGUAAAGAUGGUAAAGAUGCUUUUUCUCCCACGCGAAGAGGCCCGGAGCGUAGAUUAGACCCAGACGAUAGAACUCCCAAAGGAUCGUGCCGUAGAUCGCACGCUG